GUGUCUGUGAGGGGUGUCGCAGGAUUACAUAGGGGAGCUGGCAACAGCCAGGGCCCAGGGCACAUUUUGUCAAGAAGUAACACUAAAUGUAGGCGUAGAUUAUUGUUCCUUUCCCUUACUAAGUUCUUUAUUUUGAAACAGUGGAUAGCAUGUGGCUACAGUUCGUCACAUGCCUCGGGAUCUCUGGAUUGGCUCUGGUCUUUGCACAAGCAGUUGAUGAUUCCAAGGAAGAUAAGGAGUUUCGAGAAAAUGCUGACUCCAUUCAACCACACAGGAUUGUUUAUAAUUCACCAAAGCCUGCUGGUGAUGUCUAUUUUGUGGCCUCCUUUGACACAGAAGGUCUUGAAGGAUGGGUAACAUCUGAUGCAACAAAGGAUGACAAUGAUGACACCAGAUAUGAAGGAAUAUGGGCUGUAGAAGAAUCUUAUGAUCAGAAAAUUCCAGGAAACAAAGGACUGGUGCUGAAAUCCCAUGCCAAACAUCAUGCUAUUGCUGCCUACUUGCAAAAACCCUUUCCUUUCAAAGACAAGCCUCUCAUUGUGCAGUAUGAAGUAUAUUUCCAGAAUGGAACUCAGUGCGGGGGUGCAUAUCUGAAGUUGCUUUCUGAAGAUGAUCAACUUGAUCUGAGGAAGUUCGAUGAUAAAACCCCUUACACCAUCAUGUUUGGACCAGACAAGUGUGGCCAGGAGUAUAAAUUGCACUUCAUCUUCAGACAUAAGGAUCCAGUAACAGGUGCAUAUGAGGAAAAGCAUGCCAGGAAACCAGACGUGGACCUCCAGAGUUACUUCCAUGAUAAAAGACCUCACCUGUACACACUGAUUGUGAGACCAGACAGCAGCUUUGAGAUGCUGAUAGAUGAAAUAUCUGUGAGUAAAGGAAGCCUACUUCAGGACAUGACUCCCUCUGUCAACCCUCCCAAAGAGAUUGAAGAUCCCAACCAUCAAAAACCUGAAGAUUGGGAUGACAGGCUUCAAAUUCCUGACCCAGAGUCAGUGAAACCCAAUGACUGGGAUGAGGACGCGCCCCUCAAUAUUCCAGAUCCCACUGCUAAGAAGCCUGAUAACUGGCUGGAUGAGGAACCAGAAUACAUUCCAGAUCCUGAAUCUAAAAAACCUUCAGAUUGGGACAUAGAAAUGGAUGGUGAAUGGGAAGAACCAAAGAUCCCAAAUCCUCUGUGUAAGACUGUGGGCUGUGGAACCUGGAAACCCCCCAUGAUCCCAAACCCUGCCUACAAAGGCAAAUGGAAAGCACCGAUGAUUGCCAAUCCCAAAUAUAAGGGAGUAUGGACACCUCGAAAGAUACCUAACCCAAACUAUUUUGAGGAUACAAACCCAUUCCAAAUGACUUCAAUUAGUGCAAUUGGACUGGAACUCUGGUCACUCACUGCCAACAUUAUGUUUGACAAUUUUAUUAUUUCAUCUGAUGAGGAGGUUGUCAAGCAAUGGGUGAAAGACACGUGGACACAAACAAAGGCAGUUUACGAUGCAGAUGGACCUGGUUUGAUCAUGCAGCUCAUUUUGGCAGCAGACAAGCACCAGUGGCUCUGGGGAGUCUAUGUAUUCACAGUUGCCCUACCAGUUAUUUUAUUCAUUAGCUUCUUUUGGCCAAAUGUGCGGUUUGGGCCCCCUGAUGAUUAUUACUACAAGAAGACAGAUGAUGUGCAGAUCAACGAUGAAGAAACACUGAUUUCAGAGGAACAGUCUCAGCAGUCGGGUAAUCCUUCCCAUGAUCAACAAGAUAAUGGAGAAAGAAGUAAUAGGAUGAAGAAAGAAAGUGCCCUGAGAAAAAUGAAAGCAAAGUUGGAAAUAUCUGCACAGGCACAAGGGGGCGGUGAGCCAGAUCUAGGGCAGAUUCCAGUCGAGGAGGCCCUGCGACACCGCAAGACCAGGCCAGAGUAACGCGCAGAGGAUUCAUCACAUCUAAAAGAUGGACUUUUACACACAAUUUUCAAUUGUCAGCCUGACCAGAGCUUGACAGAAAAAAUUUGGAUGUUUCUAAAGAUCCUGAUUUUUAUUAGUACAGGCUGUACUACAGAUAUUAGGAAGAUGCUUUUUUUUUAUUUGUAAAGAUAUGUUAAAGGUAUUCUUUAUAUUUGAGUUUAUGAUUUUCCUAGACAGAGUAAAACCUACCACAUUAUUUCAAGUUGUGAUAAAAUUAAACAUGGUUCUCUUCACUGAAA